ACGCUCUCGGACUUUCUUGUGCAGCCCUAGACCGGCUGAUGCGUUUUUCGAGCCAAAAUAGAUUCAACAAUUGUUUAUUAGUUUAGUUCCAUAAAAUGACUUCAAUUAUCAAGCUGCACACGAUAUCCGGGGCAAUGGAUGAGUCGCCGCCAUGCUACAUACUCCAGAUUGACGAUGUGCGAAUUCUGUUAGACUGCGGAUGGGACGAGAAAUUCGAUGCCAAUUUCAUAAAGGAACUCAAAAGGCAAGUGCACACACUAGAUGCUGUACUGCUCUCCCACCCAGAUGCAUAUCAUCUGGGCGCCCUGCCGUAUCUGGUGGGAAAGCUGGGCCUUAAUUGUCCCAUUUACGCCACGAUACCAGUAUUCAAGAUGGGUCAGAUGUUCAUGUACGAUCUGUACAUGUCUCACUUCAACAUGGGCGACUUUGAUCUGUUCUCCCUGGAUGAUGUGGACACCGCCUUCGAGAAGAUCACCCAGCUCAAGUACAACCAAACGGUUUCGUUAAAGGGAAAAGGCUAUGGCAUAUCCAUAACGCCUCUGAAUGCUGGACAUAUGAUUGGCGGCACCAUUUGGAAGAUAGUGAAGGUCGGCGAGGAGGACAUUGUCUAUGCCACCGACUUCAACCACAAGAAGGAGCGCCAUCUGAGUGGCUGCGAGCUUGACCGCCUGCAGCGACCGUCGCUGCUCAUUACCGACGCCUACAAUGCACAAUACCAGCAGGCGCGUAGGCGUGCCCGCGAUGAGAAGCUAAUGACGAACAUCCUGCAGACCGUGAGAAACAAUGGCAAUGUGCUCAUAGCGGCAGACACGGCGGGUCGGAUGCUGGAGCUGGCCCACAUGUUGGAUCAGCUGUGGAAAAACAAGGAGUCGGGCCUGAUGGCCUACUCGCUGGCCUUGCUGAACAACGUCAGCUACAACGUGGUGGAGUUCGCCAAGUCACAGAUCGAGUGGAUGAGCGACAAGCUGACCAAAGCCUUCGAGGGAGCCCGCAACAAUCCCUUCCAGUUCAAGCACAUUCAACUGUGCCACACCCUGGCGGACGUGUACAAACUGCCAGCCGGCCCGAAGGUGGUGCUGGCCAGCACGCCGGACCUGGAGAGCGGUUUCACACGGGAUCUCUUUAUUCAGUGGGCCAGCAAUGCCAACAAUAGCAUUAUUCUGACCACCCGCACAUCUCCCGGCACCUUAGCCAUGGAGCUGGUGGAGAACUAUGCCCCGGGCCGGCAAAUCGAGUUGGACGUACGGAGGCGCGUCGAACUGGAAGGCGCCGAACUUGAAGAGUAUCUGCGCACACAAGGUGAGAAGAUUAACCCGCUGAUUGCCAAGCCAGAGCCGGAGGAGGAGAGCAGCUCCGAGUCCGAAGAUGACAUCGAGAUGAGCGUCAUCACGGGCAAACACGAUAUUGUCGUUCGUCCAGAGGGGCGUCAUCAUUCCGGCUUCUUUAAAUCGAACAAACGUCACCAUGUGAUGUUCCCCUACCACGAGGAGAAGAUCAAGUACGAUGAGUACGGCGAGAUCAUCAAUCUGGAUGAUUAUCGCAUUGCGGAUAUGAACAACACCGAAUUCCCACCCGAGGAGCAGAACAAGGAAAAUGUGAAGAAAGAGGAGCCUGGCAUAGGCAUUGAACAGCAGGCCAAUGGUGCCAUGGACACCGACGUCCAGCUGCUGGAGAAGCCCACUAAACUGAUUAACCAACGCAAAACGAUCGAAGUGAAUGCACAAAUCCAGAGGAUCGACUUCGAGGGCCGCUCGGACGGGGAGUCCAUGCUGAAAAUUCUCUCGCAACUUCGACCGCGUCGCGUCAUCGUUGUCCAUGGGACGGAAGAGGGCACCCAGGUGGUGGCCAAACACUGCGAGCAGAAUGUGGGCGCACGCGUGUUCACGCCGCAAAAGGGCGAGAUCAUCGAUGUGACCACAGAGAUUCACAUCUACCAAGUGCGUCUGACCGAGGGUCUAGUCUCUCAGCUGCAGUUCCAGAAGGGCAAGGAUGCAGAGGUGGCCUGGGUCGAUGGCCGUCUGGGCAUGCGUCUGAAAGCCAUCGAUGCUCCCCCCACAGCCAUGGAUGUGACGGUCGAGCAGGAUGCCGCCAUGCAGGAGGGGAAAACUCUCACACUGGAGACACUCGAGGAGGACGAGAUUCCCGUCCACAAUUCAGUGCUCAUCAACGAGUUGAAGCUUUCGGAUUUCAAGCAGAUUCUCCUGCGAAACAACAUCAACUCGGAGUUUUCAGGCGGUGUCCUCUGGUGCACCAAUGGCACCUUGGCGCUGCGACGCGUUGAUGCCGGCAAAGUGGCAAUGGAGGGCUGCUUAUCGGAGGAAUAUUACAAGAUCAGGGAACUACUUUACGAGCAGUAUGCGAUCGUUUAAGAUUAAAGUUUAUUCUAAUAGUAUCUAUUCCAUUUUGUUGAAAUUUGUAUGGUACUUUUAUUUUAUUUACAAGUUUAUAGAAAUUGCGCCAUGGGAUCUUCA